AAUAAAUUAGAUUGAAUAUGAAUGCUCAUUCAAGAAGAAAGAUAGCUCAUUUGGAAGUUCCAGAAUUCCAAGAUAAUCAAACAAUGAUUGCAUAUGCCAAAUGCUAAUAUUGUUUGGGAGAAUGUUUUGGUUGUUUGAGAACCUGGAUUCCUUGUAUUUUCUGUAUGUGUGUUAAUUAUCCAUACCAAGAAGUUGAAUAAGGCACUGAAGGAUUGUUCAAAAGAUUUGGAAGACAUAUCAAAGUAGUUAGACCAGGAUUACAUUAUGUCAAUCCUUGUACAGACACCUUAGAACAACUAGACUUGAGAAUUACUGUUAUCGAUUUAGAUAGAUAAUCUGUUAUGACAAAAGAUAAUGUAACUAUUUCCAUAGAUGCGUCUGUUUAUUAUAGAAUCAAAACUUCUCGAUUUGCUGUUUAUAGAGUGGAGAACUAUGAUUAAGCAGUCCGUCAAAUUACUUAUGCUGUCCUCAAAAACACAGUGGGAUCCUUUGUACUCUAAGAUUUACUUGAAAAAAGAUAAGAAGUAGCAGAUUAGAUAGAAGACUAAGUUGAUGAAUAUGUAAAAGAUUGGGGUGUAUUAAUUGAUAACAUCUACAUGAAGGACAUCCAAUUGUCUCCUGAUCUCUAAUAAGCACUAGGUUCAGCAGCCACAGAAUAGAGGUUGGCCUAAGGUAAACUUAUAAGUGCCAAAGCCGAUGUUGAGUCAGCCAAACUGAUGAGAUAAGCAUCUGAAUUUUUAGAUUCUAAAACUGCCAUGCAAGUAAGAUAUCUAGAAACACUGUAACAAUUGGCUGGCAGCAAUGGAACUAAAGUAUGUUUUGUACCAGAUGAAAAAAACUAAGAGAAGUUAAUGCAUCAAAUAACUUAAGGAUUAUUAGCAUGAAGAUGUAAACAUUUAAUAAUAUUACCAUCAUUAAUUAUACCCCUAAUCUUAUUCUUAUGAUUAUCCAUUACUCUUAUUCGCACAUA